GACUAGGACGCGCGCGCGCGCGGCUCAGUCUCGUAGCGGGAGACGCGGCGACGACAUCGCUCGCACAGAGAGAUAGAGAUAGAGAGAAGGCGACAGUCGCUUCCAACCUCGUCGUCGGCUACACCCGGGGGCGGCGCGCGAGUGCGUGACUACGUGUGCGCGUGCAACAACAACAAAAAUAAUAAAAAAGGGCGGGGGUGGGGAGGGGGGGUCGAACGGGCGAUAAGUGCGCCCCCCUCUUUUUUUUUUUUUUCGAAUCAUGCCCGCCAGAAGCGAGACGGCUAGUGGAUACCUUCGGCGACGUUCGUCCUCCGACUGCAAGUGCGACGACAAUCGGGAGGGAACGUGAAAAAAAAAAAAAAAAAGAGAGGCUUUUAUAUCCCUCCCAUGUCCGUAUGUUUUUUUUUUUAAGUAUUUUUUUUUUGUUGUGAUGAUCCUUGCGUGUGUCGCGAACUAUUCCGUCGCAAAGGAUAAGGAAAUGAAACGGAAUCCCGUCGCUGGUCGCAGCUUCACAGUUCGUCUGUGAAAAAAAAAAAAAUAACAACAGGCGGUGACCCCGCGGACAUGAGCGCGCUCUGAAGGCUCCCCCAGCAAUGACCCCGGCUGCCGGCUGCGAGUGCAGGCGCGCGAGGCGUUCAGCGGCGGCGGCGAGGCACCAGGGCCGCGAGCAGCGGGCGCCGCCCGUCGCCCAUGACGAUGGCCGAGACCCAAGUUGAGCCGGCGCCGGCGAGCUCGGAGACGCCGCGCGCGGACCGCGACGAGAACCAGAACCAGAGCCAGCAUGGCGGCAAGAGGCUCAGGGGCGGUGCGACGACCAACAACCACAACAACAACAACAACAACAACAACAACCACCACCACCACCACCACCGGAACAACAGACUGAAGAAGAGGAAGCGCCUGAGCCAGGUGGUGGACAAGCUGGCGAACCUGGUGUCCUCGACGGGCCACCAGCAGCUCAACAACAACAACAACUACAGCUACGGCAACAAGCACGCCGGGGAGGCGCGCGAUGGCGGCGCGAUGACGCCCAUGUCGGGCCGCGACCAUGGGGACGCAGGGGGGGAAGUGUUCAGGUUCGACGGCGCCGACCGAGAGCGCUACCAGCAGCAGCAGCAGUGCGGCGCCAUCUCCGAGGAGGAGGAGGAGGACGAGGACGAGGUGGAGGACGUGUUCAGCCCCGCCUCGUCCAACAAGUCGCCGCACUCCUCCACCACCGACUCGCCCAAGAUCAGCUUCAGCCCGCUGCGCAUCAAGGACGGCAGCGUCGACGAGGAGCCCGACGCGGCGGGAGGCAGCCCGCCUCCCGCGGAGGCGGCGUGGUUCCCCGGCUGCGCGUGCGCCAGCUGCUGCGCGCGGCACCACUCGUCGUCGCCGGGGUACAGCUUCGAGCACUACCUGCACUCCAAGUACCUGCCCGACGCGUUCCGCAGGCGCAGCCACUCGGACUCAGACCUGCCGCCGUGGCUGGAGGGCGGCGCGGCGGCCGGCGCGCAGGAGUCGCCGCUGGACCUGUCCCUGCGCGGGGGCGGGGAGCCGCCCCCGCCUCCGGCCCCGCUCCCGCACCACCUCCACCACCCGCCGCUGACGGUGCAGCUGCUGCCGGCUGGGUACCGGGGCGGCGGGGCAGUCUCCGUGCCCGUCGUCAAGGGCGACGUGGCGUCGCCGACGACCAAGGAGUCGGUGGCGGUGCGCUACAACCUCGAGGUGUCCCCCGUCGUGGAGGAGAUGCCCCCCGGCUCGGACGUGGCGUACGUGUGCCCCGUGUGCGGGCAGAUGUUCAGCCUGCACGACCGCCUCGCCAAGCACAUGGCGUCGCGGCACAAGAGCCGGCCGGCGCCCGGGUCGACGUCGGCGGCGGGCGCUGCGGGGGAUGGCUCCUCGUCGGCGCCCGCCAAGGCCUACCUCUGCGAGGUGUGCCGGCGCUCGUUCGCGCGCUCCGACAUGCUCACGCGCCACAUGCGGCUGCACACGGGCGUCAAGCCGUACACGUGCCGCGUGUGCGGGCAGGUCUUCUCGCGCUCCGACCACCUGUCCACGCACCAGCGGACCCACACCGGCGAGAAGCCCUACAAGUGCCCGCAGUGUCCCUACGCGGCGUGUCGGCGCGACAUGAUCACCAGGCACAUGCGGACUCACGCGCGCUACGAGCCGGACUCUGCCACGGCGGCCACGUCCCUAAGCCCCAUGCGCUCACCGGUCGACAUGAGUGUCAAGAAGGAGGCCGAGUGAGUCCCUACCCACACCAUCCCUGACACCACGAGCACUCUGUACCCGAUGCCACUUCACCCAUCGACAUUAGCGACAAGAAGAAGGCCGAGUGAGUCCCUACCCACACCCAUGUCCGACUUCACGUGCACUGUGCACCCGAUGAAACUCAACCCUUCAGUCCAAUGUGCCAAUGUGCUUGCCCAUUGACAUUAGUGUCAAAGAAGGAUGCCGAGUGAUUCAUUACACACACCCAUCUCCUACUCCAUGUGCACUGUGUACCCGAUAUCACUUCACCCAUCAGCCAAGCUUGCCCAUCGACAUAGUGUCAAGAAGGAUGUCGAGUGAUUAAUUAAACACAUCCAUCUCCGACUCCACGUGCACUAUGUACCCGAUGUCACUUCAUCCAUCAGUCCAAUGUGCUUGCCCAUCGACAUUAAUGUCAAGAAGGAUGUCGAGUGAUUCAUUACACACACCCAUCUCCGACUCCACGUGCACUAUGUACCCGAUGUCACUUCAUCCAUCAGUCCAAUGUGCUUGCCCAUCGACAUUAAUGUCAAAGAAGGAUGUCGAGUGAUUCAUUACACACACCCAUCUCCGACUCCAUGUGCACUGUGUACCCGAUGUCACUUCACCCAUCAGCCAAGCUUGCCCAUCGACAUAGUGUCAAGAAGGAUGUCGAGUGAUUAAUUAAACACAUCCAUCUCCGACUCCACGUGCACUAUGUACCCGAUGUCACUUCAUCCAUCAGUCCAAUGUGCUUGCCCAUCGACAUUAAUGUCAAGAAGGAUGUCGAGUGAUUCAUUACACACGCCCAUCUCCAAAUCCACGUGCAUUAUGUACCCGAUGUCACUUCAUCAGUCCAAUGUGCUUGCCCAUCGACAAAGUGCCAAGAAGGAUGUCGAGUGAUGCAUUACACACACCCAUCUCCGACUCCACAUGCACUGUGUACCCGAUGUCACUUCACCCAUCAGCCAAGCUUGCCCAUCGACAUAGUGUCAAGAAGGAGGCCGAGUGAUUCAUUACACAAACCCAUCUCCUACUCCAUGUGCACUGUGUACCCGAUGUCAUUUCAUCCAUCAGUCCAAUGCGCUUGCCCGUCUACAUGAGUGUCAAGAAGGAUGCCACGUGAAUCCUUAUUCCUUGCCAAUCAUGUGAACAUGAGCGCUACGUACCAUUACGCUUUGUCACCCAUCAGUCAUGUGUGCUCGCGUGUCGAACAGAGCAUCAAGAAGGAAAUAAAGUAACUUAUUACCCUCCCAGCUCCACCUUAUCUAUGGUUGUGAUGACAUUGUCCUUGCCCCUUCACGUUGACUUUGAACUCCCAUUUGCUGAUAUUUACCUUCGUAUUUUUCUAACAUGUAGAUGUUGAUAAGAACUAUACCGUGUGUAAUCUCCCACAUUUUACGAACUAUUGAAAUCAGUGACAACAAAGAAAACUUUUUUUAAAUUGUUGUGUUAUGUUAUAAUUUGUUGAAAAAAAAAUAGAAGAAGAAAACAGACGCAGAAAAGCAUGUGUUUUCUGAAAUAAGCCGCAGGCUCGGUGUGUUUUUCGUAUGAUGUGUAGAGUUAAGACAUAUUUUUGAAGGAAAAAAUUUUUUUUCCCACGUAUACGCUUUCUUUCUGGAAAAGCACUUUCUGUACUAGUUCGAUGGUUUCAUCCAGGUUUAAACUAAUAUUUGAUAAUGUGUUUUUUUCUGACUGUUUCUGUAAUGCUGAACGAAGCUCUGAAGGAUAUCACAUUGUAAUUGUUAAAUGAAAAGGGAAGAAAAAAAUAUAAAGAACUGAGCAGUCGGAAGAUUUAUUCAGAUCUCUAGUCUCGUACAGCACAAAAUUGCGUUUUUCUUGCAAAUGAAACAUUACUCAGUAUUACAAGUAAUUGUACUUUUUUUAAAAUGGCAAUACAGUAUUUUGAAACCAUUUUGUUGUGCAUAAUUGUCAACUUGUUUCCGUGUUACUUGUUAAGUGUGCUGUUUUUGAUGGAAACAUAGUUUCAUUGUUCACCCUUCAUGAUAUUGUUGCCAGUCUGUUUCUCAUGAAUAAAAUAUUUAAAUCAUUAUAUUUUUUGUAAAAAAAAAUUGCAAGCUGUUAAACUCGAUCACUGAAGCGUUAAAUAUUGCUAGAUACAUUAUUUGUAAGAAUGUUUGUGUUUUUCAAGGAUUUGUCUUUUAAACGAAAGUUAUAAGAAAGUAUAUUUUUUAUAAUCUAGGUGCUACACGAGUUCAGAAGCAUGAGAUUAUUUUUGGAUUCAAAAUAUUCUUUCUUAAUGCCUUCAUUAGUAUUUUCUUACUGUCUAGAAAAUCAAACAUGUGAAUAAUAGUUACCCACAGUUAAAAUUAUUCCCUGAAGUACAACAAAUAUUGUUAAUUUAACUAAGGGAUGUUAGGUCACUGAUAUAUAGGCUAAUACUAUACAUAGGAAUUUUGCAAAAGUAAGUGCGGAGUUAAUAAACCAGUCAUGAACCUAUACUUCAGUUAAAAACUCAAAUAAGGUGCGAAACAAAAUAUUUAGUUUUAUGAUACUAUUUUUCACGGAAUAAUCUUUUACAUAAGGUAUUCUAUGGUGUAAGUUAUAAUUUAAAGCAUUGUAACUUUCAUAGAUUUUUUUAAAUUCGUGACAAUGGAAAUAUUUUUAGUCAGUUAGGAAUGCCCGCUGAAACACAUCUGCCUUAUUUACAGUCAUCCACGUCCAUUCUGUAUCUCAGUAUUUUUUUAUUCUGAACAAUUAUUUACAAAUUGUUUUAGUUUCUGUUAAAAAAAAAAAAACAAUAUUAUGAUACCUUAAAUUCAAAUGCUCAAGAAGUGGUUUUACGUCUCCUAAUAGCCCACAAAGGCUUAAAAGGAUAGAAAUUUGAAGAAUACGUUGGGCGUCAAGCUGGCGAUCAUAAAUAAGUAUAAGUCACAAAAAAGGGGGGGGGGGGUGAUGUGCUGUAAUUGGACCCCUGACCCUCGAAGCAUUAAGGGGCCAUUCUAGUCAGUGUUGUAUUUGUGUUACUGAUGUGGGUAUUCCAAGACACAAAAAUUAAGGCUCAUGUGUUGAAUAUGCUACAUCUGUACCCUAAACGUAUUCCUAGUGAACGAUAGGACACGGCCAGUCCCUUAUUUUUUUGGGAAACGGAUUUUGAUGUCCCAUCCGUGGCCUAUCUGUUGUCCCAAUACCGCACAUGCGCAGAGCUCACUUUUUCGUUGAUUUCGUCCAGAACUAAACGUUAAGAAUGUUCGUACUAGAUGCAACAAUAAGGAGGAAAUAAUAGUUAGUUCACUUUUGAAUUAUAUUACUUAAAGACGUUCGUAAAUUUUUUUUUUACUGUCACAAGAUUUUAAGAUAUGAGACCGCUUUCCUUAGUAUUAUGACAUGCCUGCUUGCAAACGUCCAAAUUAAUGUAUUUGUUUUGCGUUUGUAGGCUGAAAAAUUUCUCAAAAUUACUUUUCCUUUUUUCCUUUAAGUGCCAGUGAAAAAAAAAAAUCAAAAAGUUAAGAUAUUUGCGUUUUUUCUCGCUAAAAACGCAGAAAUAAUUUAAAAAAAAAUAAUAAUAAUUACUUAAAGGUAGGACGGUUUCACUGUUAAGUUUUUACAGGUAUUUAAAUACAUAAUUUUCUUUUACAUUCUUUUCGUUUUCUUUCCUUCAAAAAAGUAGGCUACACAUUUAACGAACACGAAAUCGCAUCCAUGCUUCGGCUGUUGGAUAAAAUUAUCUGUACAAAUUAGUUCUCAUCAUUUCGUGCACUUCUUAACCGGAAUCAUCAUGCAGGUAGAUAUUCCACUAAUCUACGUUCCCUCAUACAUCCGUCGCCGAAUCCGAAAACACUCGUACGCACACGAUGAUUCACGUACUUUUUUGGGGUAUCUUUGUGGAACGUACGCGAGGAAGCUUUAAACUAUGUACAUGCGUGAAAGGGGAAGGGCGUGGAUUGUGUUGAUGGCGAAGGGAUAGAGAUAAAAAAAAGGUGGGACGUGGUGGGAGCGAGUAGAGAGUAAGAGAAGGGAAGGGGAAAAGGGGCAAUGCAGUGCCCGGAAGAUGCUGUGUUCUUGGCCACGACCUUGUGUAUCGAUCCGCGCCAUUCGAAGCGUCUCUUCGUUUCUAGGCAACUGGGUCAUAGCCGGGAGAGGGAAACAUUUGCUGCGGCAAGCGUCUGAGGAAACCACCUGGCCUUUGGCAGGGGCAUUUUCCCUCCAUUUUCUUUCAGUGUUGCCCUGCUGGUUAGGAAAGAACAAAUACCAAUGAUGUGUACAGAGUGUCCCAUAACUCAAAGUCAAGUCGAGAACAGUUGAUAGGACAAUCAAUCAUGGUUACGAAUAAAAAAAUAAUAAUUUUAAAUAUGUUGUGUUUGAGAUACGUGCAGUUUUAAAAAGUUAUAACUCCCAAUCCUGCAUGAAAUUAUUACAUACUUUGACUAAAAAAUUUGUUACGCAAUCCAAAAUAAUAGUACUAUUGAUAAGAAUCUCAAAUAAUAUCAAACAUGCUAUACCGUUUAGAAAACAAUUGGAAAACUCAAGUGGCAAAAACUUUUAUCAAGAAAAUUUUACUAGCCUAUAAAAAAAUUACUUUUAUAACUUAGCACGUAAUUUCAAAAUAUGGAUAAUUAAGGUAUAUAACUUGAUAAGUUAUCAUAAGUCGUGUAAAGAAAUUCCCCUCUUCCUCCCCCCAAAAAUGUAGCAUGUUUGAUUUGAUUUGGAAUUCUUACCAAUAGUAUAGUUAUUUACUAUUGCAUGACAAUUUUUUUUGUUACAUGAUCUGAUAGUUUGGUGCUGGGUGUCGGUUUAAAAGCUUCUGAAUAAAAUGCAUAUAACUCGAAAACUACGUCCUUUUCUUAAUUUUGAAAUUUUUGGUUCAGCCCCGUAAUUAAUUGGCAUAUGAACUGUUCUCGGCUUUACGUGUAGUUCUGGGACACCUGUAACAGACCCAGCAUCGUACCAUGAAAGACUACAUCUUCAAGGUCCGUUAAAAACAUCCGUGUCAAAAAAACAUAGCGCGUGUUAUCCAGUUCACAUUAUAGAAGUGACAUUUCUUUGGCAAUUAAAACCUUGUCUCGUAGGUAUAUCAUGGGUAAACAGGCAGAGAAAUAGAGAAGAAAAAAAAACAAUUUUCUAAUAAUGAUUAAUUAAUAAUAAAUAUAACUCUACUGUUUAAAUACUCACACCAUUAAAAAAAAUGUGCGUUUUACUGUUUCUUAAAACAAUUCUGUCAUUUGGAACACGCCAAAUCCCUGAACGAAACAUGAAAUUCAUAACAGGUAGCACUAUCUAUGCGGAAAUGCAGGGACUGUCUCAAUAGCGCUCUCUACACUGCAGGUUGAAGGAGGAGGAACACUAGUGCGCUGGUAGCAAAAAUAAAAAAAUCCAAAGCAUUCACAGCUGACUGGAUAUUUUUUUCUGAAACAAGCGCAUGCUCACACUAUCUGUCGCAUUCUUUCGUUCGUAUAUCUCUCAUUUGGUUCUAUUUUUUUUUUCCGGGUGGGGAACGAAUCAUCGCUCAAAGAGGAGAACGAGAACGACCCCAUAAAUGUAUAAAGUAUAGUGCUCUCUUUAUAAUCUCUUUGGCCAAGUACGUAUUCUCUGUCCUUUUCGCGUCAGAAAAGUUUUGAAACAAUGUUUCACGCAAACGCUGCACUAAAAUUUGGCCUUGAAAUUCUACUCUCAGCGCGUCCAAAGAAGUUUCACUUCAAAAAGAGUGCAUUCGUUCGUACGAACGCUCGUGAGUAAAUUUAGAUGCUGGCCGUAGGAAAGGAAUAAUGCGCAGUAAUUAAAGUGUCUUUCAGCACUAUUCUGCCGAUGUGUUUUCGAGAAAGGUCUACAUAGAACGCUGAAUGAUGGUCGUUUCAAUCAUACUCCCUCACCCCCUUCACCCAUACAACCUUAAUCCUCCUACGAAAUGAAUAAAAUGAACGCGCUCCAAGUUGGUAUUUAAGAAGGAAUAAUUUAUUUAGGUAAAUGAAAAUCUCAUCUGUUUGAAUGAAUUUUCACUUGUGCCUCAGCAACUACGAUUAACGACCUUUUUUUUUUAAAUUUCCAGCUUUAAACUUAGAGCUCGUUGAAAUUACUAACCAUGUCUGAAUACGAGAUGGGUUUUGGUUAGCGCUUUAUAGACUUCAAUUUUCCAUGCUUGGUUGUUAAUCGGUGUUACGUGGUCAGGUGUUAGAAACGUCAUUUGCUUAAAAUGCGCCCCAUUGUAACCACAACAGUUUUGUUUUAUUUCCUUUAAAGUUCAUUCCACGGUUACAUUAAAUUGUAGGACGCAUCCUAACGAGUUAAAGCGUUUUGGUUCCACAUAAAAUGAAAUCCAACCUGUCAACAACAGCUAAGAAAAUGAUUAUAAAUUAUAAUUAAGUUUUAGCCGUCCCCAGUUUCAGCACAACUGUUUAAUAAGUUAUUAACUUAGAAGCAAUUCACCCCAAAAUACUGUAAAAUUGAUGUAGCACACUUAUGCUAUGUCAUUUUCCAAGUUGGAUUAUAUGUGCUUGCCGGAACGAAGUUUCCUGGAAGUUAAUGUCUCAAAAUUUCGACAUUCGCAUCAUUGUGCGCAGGACUAUCAGUGAUUAGAAAGAUUUUUUUUUUCCUGCUUUAUAUCUCGACUUUGCUUGGCUCAUUUGAUUGGCUUAAUGGAGUAGUUGGUACAUAGUUCGGUCCUUGUUUGCUUUUUUGAAUUGCCAAUUCUAAGUAAAUCUCACUACUGAAAACAAAAUAAUUAAUUUAAUUUUACCUGAUUCAUGAUGUCUAAAAUUCUCAAGUACUUAUGUUGGCUAUUGUGUAAUAAUCACAAUCAACCCCUUUUGGGGUUUAAUAGCGAAUUAUUUUCGUCAACCACACGGUAUAAUCAAAAAGAAAAAUUACUGAAGCAGCAUUUAAAGCAACCUGGAACUCUACUUACAUGUAUUUUCACAUGUUUGCAGCACUAAUCUCGGGUCCAAACCGAAGUUGGCAAAUUCAUUAUUACAAUGAUAUAUGACUGUAUAGUAUGGGUUCGUAAUCUAUUUACUAGAAUCUGUUAUCUGUUGAAACAGUGCGAUGCUGAAACUUUCAAUAUAUAUAUUUUUUAAUCUUUAAAAGUUGUCAUAUUUUUGACUUAAUAAAAGUAAUUUCAAAUUUUUCGGUUUUGAACAGUUUGUGUUUUUUUCUGUUUAAUCGUGUAGUACUUUGAUUGCAGCUUGCCUAUGUAAAAAUAAACAAACCAUAGUUUUUUAAUGAACAUUCUUGAAGGAUACCAUAGUAAGUUGAUGUCGAUUUUGAGAACAGGCUGGACAAUACAAUUAAAAAAAUAGUUUUAAGUUUAAUAUUUAGUUAAAUGUUAUAGAGUUCACGUUUAACUGUGCAUUUCGCGGAAAGAGAAUGUCUAUUUUACUAUUUGACCCAUCUGUGUCCUUAUUGUGCCAAAUGAAUGUGGCCAGUGGCAUUUUUUCGCCUUAGAAAAAUUAUGCCAAGGGUUUAUCACUUGAAGCCAGUUGUAGAUAUGCCAGCUACCGUUUUUUUAUUGUAAACCUUUUUUAAACAAUCAUUGAGUUUCGCAUUUUUGUAAUCCUAUUGGCAAAUCUUUUUAUGGUCAGUCAUAUACAUACUGACUAAACCUUUUACACCAAAUCUUACACUGCUACAUUUAAAGAUAAAAACAAAGACAGAUCAAAAAAAUAUAUUGCCAGUAAGAAAAUAAUUUAUUUAGACUUUUCCAACAAUAAAUAUCGAAUUUCUUAACAACGGUCUAAUGACCUGCCAUUGUAUGAAACUGAAAAAAAAAAUUCAUUGAUUUUCUUAAGUUAACCGCUGUUCUAUUUAAGUAUUAGGGCAUUAUUAGAAUUUAAUUGUAUGCGUAUACAACAUUCUGCAAGAUCAUCAAAGAUGAUCGCCAUGUGAAACCUGCUUCGCAGUUGUGAUUUUUAUACAUAAAAUUUGUAAAUAUAGUUAUUACGUUUCUGUAACAUAAUACAAAGCUUAGCUCUCUAAGAACUCGCGUUUUAAUUCCUAAUUUAUAUAUAUUUUUUUUCUUCUAGGACUGCCAUCAAAAGUUUGGUUGAAAAUAUUUUGUACUUGUAUUUGUUCUGUUAAAAAUAUUUACAUCACUUUAAAUAUAUGUUUGCAUUGUUUUAAGACUCAUAUGUGCCUCAUUAUUAUCAUAUACCUCUAUCGAAGAUUUUAAGACAAAACUUUUACUGUGGUUACGAAGUUACAGUUAUUCUUUUAUUACGUUUCUUAUGGAAAUAACAAUGAAAUAAAAUCACUUUUAAUCUUGUAAAUGUGAUUUUGCUAAUUGCUUUCAGUUAGUAAAAAAAAAUCUUCCCGGUAUACAGUAAUAUUUUCAAGCUAAAAUAUAAAAAUCAAUCUCCUUUUUAUUCAUUAGAAAUUUCUACGCUUACCACUGUUAGUAUAUGGAAAUCUUGUGUCCCAUAUGUGUUACUUAAUUAGAAUAUUUUAAUUAUGGUCAUUUGUGUUUGGAUAUUGCUGUAUUAAAAUUGUUUGUCUCUUUCGAAUUCCAUUAAGUACAAAAUAUUCGACAAGUUUGACAGUGUUGAUUCAUGGAAAUAAAAUCUCAAAUGUUAA